AUGGCUCCAAAACGCGCAACUCGCGAGACAGCUUCUGCUGCUGCGGCAGCUAAGCCCGCAUCUGCCAAACCGCGCGGUCGUCCAGCAGGCGUGAAGAAGGAGGACACGGAGAAGAAGCCUGCUGUUCCCAAGAAGUCGACAGAGUCCAAGAAGCCUGAAGCCAAGGCUAACACAAGCAAGAAGCGCAAGGCCGAAGCGGACGUUGAGGAGGUAGCUCCCGCAAAGAAGUCGAAGCGCGCUGUCGAGACCAAGACUACCACCAAGGUCACCACCAAGAAGACGGCUGUCAAGGAGAAGAAAGUCACCAAACCCAAGAAAGCUGACAAGGUUGUCAAAGCUGCAGCUCCCAAAGCUCCAAAGAGGGAGAAAACGCCAAAACCUGCUCCUGCGCCCAAGCCGAAGAAGCCCAAGGUCGUCAUCAACACCGCGCCCACCACCCAACUGGACGUGUUCGCUUUCGGCUCAAACAGCAAUGCAGAGCUUGCUAUGGGCGACACCUUCAAGAAGGCUGAGUGCCCUCGGCCAAAGUUCAACACUGUCCUUUCCAACGCCGGCGUCGUCCAGAUCUCAGCAGGUGGAAUGCACGGUAUCGCCCUGACUCAUGACAACAAGGUUCUCACCUGGGGCGUGAAUGACCAAGGCGCGCUCGGCCGUGACACAAACUGGGAGGGCGGUCUUGUUGACAUGGACAAGGCCCAGGAGUCCGACUCGGAAGAUGAUGAUGAGGAGAUUGAAGUCAACCCGAAGGAGGCCACUCCAACUGAAGUUAAUUUGUCCGGUGUUGAGCCUGGAACCAUCUUCACGCAGGUUGUCGCUGCAGACAGCGCGUCUUUUGCGCUUACCGACGAUGGAUUUGUCUACGGUUGGGGAACGUUUCGCAACAGCAACGGUGUUUGGGGCUUCUCGCCAGAUGUCGAAGUCCAACACACUCCCACUCUGGUCCCUACUAUCAAAAGCGUGACUAAGCUGGCCGCCGGCAGCAACCACGUCCUCGCUCUCUUGUCUGACGGUUCUGUGUACUCAUGGGGCGUGGGCGAGCAAGACCAACUAGCCCGUCGCGUUGGGGAACGUCACGCAAAGGAACAAGCUCUGAUCCCACAAAAGGUCGGCAGUCGCCGUGGCUUCGUCGAUAUUGCAACUGGCACAGACCACUCUUUCGCCGUGCACAAGGACGGCUCUGUGUUCGCCUGGGGUCUCAACAACUUUGGCCAGACUGGUAUUUCCUCCAAGGCCGGCGAGAGCGAGGCGGGCAUUCUCAAGCCCACUGUCGUGCCUAGUCUCAAAAACCAGGCCAAGAUUACACACAUUGCUGCCGGCAACUUCAACUCUCUGGCCAUCACAGAGAACAACGAAUGCCUUGUCUGGGGCCGUAUCGACAACUCGGCCACGGGCAUCGAUCCCAGCGCUCUGGACAAGGACGAUAUCAUUUACGACGAGCGUGAUCGCCCGCGCAUUCUGACCAACGCCACGCGCAUCCCUGGCCUUGACGUUACUUACGCUACAUAUGGUACCGAGCAUGCCAUAGCCGUCACCAAGGACGGCAAAGCCUACUCAUGGGGUUUCAACUCGUCCAACCAGACCGGCCAGCCAAGCAACGACGACGACGAGAUCAAGUCUGCCACUGUCCUUCAGUCCAAGGCUAUCGUCGACAAGAGCUUUAUCUGGGCUGGUGCUGGUGGUCAGUACGGCAUGAUUGCGUCAAAGCAUGCUUAA